UUUACCGGCCGCUUUGGGUGGGGAGGAGCCCGGGGUUUGUUUUUUUUUUGGGGGGGUGAGUGUGUGUGUGUGUGGGGUGUAGGGACACACACACACACACACGCGCGCGCGGCUCCCCCCAUGAAGCCACGGAGGAUGAACAAGCUGUACAUCGGUAACCUCAGCCCCGCCGCCACGGCCGACGAGCUGAAGCAGCUUUUUGGGGAGAAGCAGCUGCCCCUGGCCGGCCAGGUCCUGCUCAAGUCCGGCUACGCCUUUGUGGAUUACCCGGACCAAAACUGGGCCAUCCGGGCUAUCGAGACCUUCUCGGGGAAAGUGGAGCUGCACGGCAAAGUGAUGGAGGUGGAUUAUUCCGUGCCUAAAAAGCUCAGGAGCAGGAAGAUCCAGAUCCGAAACAUCCCGCCCCACCUGCAGUGGGAGGUGCUGGAUGGCCUGUUAGCUCAGUAUGGGACAGUGGAGAAUGUAGAGCAAGUCAACACCGACACAGAAACAGCCGUUGUCAACGUCACGUACGCAAGUAAAGAAGAAGCAAAAGUAGCGGUGGAGAAGCUGAGCGGCCAGCAGUUUGAGAACUGUUCCUUCAAGGUUUCCUACAUCCCGGAUGAAGAGGUGAGCUCCCCUCCGCCCCCCCAGCGAUCCCACCGCAGGGGACACACCUCCAGGGAGCGGGGCUCCUCCCCGGGGGGCUCCUCACAGCCCAAACACCUCGAGUUCCCACUGCGGAUGCUGGUGCCCACCCAGUUUGUUGGUGCGAUCAUAGGAAAGGAGGGCUUGACCAUAAAGAACCUUACUAAGCAAACCCAGUCCAAGGUUGACAUCCAUCGGAAGGAGAACGCCGGCGCUGCCGAGAAGCCCAUCACCAUCCAUGCCUCUCCAGAGGGCUGCUCUGAAGCCUGCAGGAUGAUCCUGGACAUCAUGCAGAAGGAGGCUGAGGAAACCAAGUCUGCAGAAGAGAUUCCCUUGAAAAUCCUGGCACACAACAGCCUGGUGGGGAGGUUGAUUGGCAAGGAAGGCCGCAACCUCAAGAAGAUCGAGCAGGACACGGGCACCAAGAUCACCAUCUCCCCGUUGCAGGACUUAACCCUUUAUAACCCCGAGAGGACCAUCACGGUGAAGGGCAGCACGGAGGCCUGUUCCAGUGCUGAAGUGGAGAUCAUGAAGAAGCUGAGAGAGGCCUACGAGAGCGACGUGGUGGCCGUCAACCAACAAGGCAACCUGAUCCCAGGACUGAACCUCAGUGCUUUGGGCAUCUUCUCCACGGGGUUGUCCAUGCUCCCCUCCACCCCUGGAGCCCGAGGAGCUGUGGCAGCCACCCCCUACCACCCGUUUCCACAGCAGAGCGGUCGGAGGAGAAGGAGCUCCUCAGCUUAUCUCUCGGGUCUGUACGGAGCCCCCCAGGCUGGCACCUUCCCCCACCAGCACCCUGUGCCAGAGCAGGAGGUUGUGAACUUGUUCAUCCCGACGCAGGCGGUUGGGGCCAUCAUCGGCAAGAAGGGGCAGCACAUCAAGCAGCUGGCACGGUUUGCAGGAGCUUCCAUCAAGAUCACCCCGGCAGAGGGUCCCGAUGCCAGCGAGCGCAUGGUCAUCAUCACGGGGCCACCUGAGGCUCAGUUCAAGGCCCAAGGGCGAAUAUUUGGGAAGCUGAAAGAGGAGAACUUCUUUAACCCGAAAGAAGAAGUGAAGCUUGAAGCCCACAUCAAGGUGCCUUCCUUCGCCGCCGGCCGCGUGAUCGGCAAAGGUGGCAAGACGGUGAAUGAGCUGCAGAAUUUGACCAGUGCAGAAGUCAUCGUGCCACGAGACCAAACCCCGGAUGAGAACGAGGAGGUCGUGGUGAAAAUCAUUGGGCACUUCUUUGCCAGUCAGACAGCACAACGGAAGAUCAGGGAAAUCGUGCAGCAGGUGAAGCAGCAGGAGCAGAAACACGCUCAGGGAGCCCCGGCCUCGCAGCACAGCAAGUGAGGCUCCCACCUGGUACUGCCUGAUGAAUGUAACCCCUGCUGCCCCCACAGGGCAGCAAACCAAAGAACAGCCCCCCCCCGACCCCCUUACACACAGCUUGGGGGGCUGCAAGGAUGGGUGUAAGGAUGAGGGGGCUCCCACCAUUCCCUCCCCCCCCCCCCAGCUUCCCCCUUCCAACCUCUCACCACUAUCCCUUUAGUUGGGCUAACAUGGGCAGAGAGAGAAAGAGAGAGAGAGAGAGAGAGAGAGUGUGAAAGGGAUGUUGGGGGGGUUUAAUUACUUCUUCAUUUCCUACAAGGCACCCAUGUCAUCCCAGAGGAUGAUCCCACCCAGCCCUGGGGGGGGGGGGGAAACAGACACACUCAUCCAUUUUAGAAUUCAUCUGUCAAUCGUGAAACUAACACGGGUUUGGGGUUUUUUUUUUAAGUUUUAUAAGAGUAUUUUUAUAUGAUGAUUUUCUUUUUUGUUUAGAUUUCAGAGG